AAAAUAAAUAAAUGAGAAAAUCUUUUCUCAAUGCUGUCCUGUAAAACCCUAGGAAGAGUAAGGGAGGGUUUUAGCAAUCGGUUGCUUUCGCUGUUACUCUUGCAAUGGAGAUACAAAUAAAUUUAGGAAAUUUACCUUUUGGUUUGGAUUUCCAUCCCUCGGACCAGCUGGUCGCUUCUGCUCUCAUUACUGGCGACCUUCACCUGUAUCGUUACAGCGUUGAUGCGCCACCGCGGAAGUUGUUGGAUGUUCAUGCACAUGAGGAAUCCUGCAGAGCGGUUCGAUUCAUUAACGGUGGACAAGCAAUUGUGACAGGUUCAGCCGAUCGCUCGAUUUUGGCCUCUGAUUUGGAGACGGGAUCACCUAUUGCCCGUCUUGAAGAUUCCCAUGAGGAUGCUAUUUAUAGUUUGAUAAACCUUACAGAGUCAACCAUUGCGUCUGGUGAUGAUCAAGGCUGCAUUAAGGUAUGGGAUACCAGACAACGUACUCUUUGUAAUUCCUUUAAUGCUCAUGAGGACUAUGUUUCAGACAUGACUUUUGCAUCUGAUGCCAUGAAACUGCUGGGAGCAAGUGGAGAUGGUACUCUAUCUGUUUGCAACCUGCGAAAAAAUACGGUCCAAAGUCGGUCUGAAUUCUCCGAAGAAGAGCUAACAUCAAUUGUUAUGAUGAAGAAUGGUCGUAAAGUAGUAUGCGGAUCACAGAAUGGAACUUUGUUGUUGUAUUCUUGGGGAUUUUUCAAGGAUUGCAGUGAUCGCUUUACUGGUUUAUCUCCAAAUUCUGUUGACGUGUUAUUAAAGCUUGAUGAAGAAAGGGUUAUUACUGGAUCUGAGAAUGGCCUCAUCAGCUUGGUUGGCAUUUUACCCAACAAAAUCAUUCAGCCAAUUGCGGAGCAUUCAGAAUAUCCAAUUGAGGGACUUGCCUUUUCUUAUGAUAGAAAGUUUCUUGGAAGCAUAUCACAUGACUCAAUGUUGAAGUUGUGGGAUUUGGAGGACAUAAUACAAGGUUCUGGAAAUAAUACAAGUCAAGCUGUGCUGGGAGAUAGCGACAGCGACAGUGAUGUUGGUGACAUGGAAGUGGAUAACAAAGGCACAAAAAGCACUAACGGUAAAAGUGCAAGUAAAGGAAGCAGUUCACAUAGUUUUUUUGCGGAUUUGUAGAUGGAUGGUAGCAUACUGCUAUUACAUUUAUACCAACUCAGUUACAAGUUUUAUCAAUGUGAAUAUUUUCAAGGAGACUCAACUUAUUCUCCUAUAAUGAGUGAUGUUUACCAUAUGUACCUUGUGGGAUUUAAUUUAAUUCGUGUCACAUGGGCUUUACUUGGCAUCCUCAUUCCUCAUUCCUCAUUCCCAAGCAGUGAUCUUCGCGCAUUUUUGAGUGAGCUUGAUGUUGAUUUCAUCCUUUAUAGGCAACCAAAUUUUAGUUUUGAUGUAUUCUGAAUUUGAGUGGAAGGAAAAGGAUCCUUAACAUGUAAUUUUCUGUUGUGAUUUUUUUGCCCUUU